CCGAUAUCUUUUGCUUCAAGUAACGCGAGCACACUACAGAAGCAAGACUAAAAGCCGCCACAUUUUGCGACACCCGGCCCAACCCUUGUUUUUUUAACAAGCUCAGUUACAUUCGUUAGCCACUGGUAAUACCUGCGGUGGCCAUGGCGCCGCCGAAAGGCAAGGCGAAGCGAGCCAGCGUCGUGACACCGCUUGUACUGUAUCGGCGUGCCCUGACCGCCAUCAAGGGCUGGAGCCCCACCAACAACACCGCCGCCGAUGUGGAAGCCAUCUCCGCCCUCACCGCCUGUUGCGCAGCGCUCCAGGCGAAGCUGGGCUUAGCCGCUGCUACAGCCAGCCCUGACGCCGGCGCAACCGCAGUAGCAGCCAACAGCGACGGCAGUAGCAGCGGCGCCGCGGCAGCGGGGCUGGAGCCCGCUUUGGCAGGGCUGGAGGGGCUGGAAAAGGGCAUGGCGUCGUACGGCGCGUGUGUAAAACACAAUCUAGACCUGGAUUUCGAGGACUGGGAGGACGAGCCCGGGUUCCUGCUGGCGUGCGCACACCUGGAGCUGGGUCGGCUGCUUGGCCGCACGUGCCCGCCACGUGGCACCACCGAGCUGGCGCACCUGAGGGCGGCCGUGGCCCUGUUCCCAGGGUUCGUGGCGGGUCGGCACGCGCUGGCACAGGCGCUGCUGGCCCGCGGCGACGCCCAGUCCGACCUGGAUGCGGCGGAGCAGCUGCUGCGCAGCUGCCUGGCCACGUGCCGGCGGCUGGCGGCAGCGACCGGGGAGGCGGGGGAGGCGGAGAUGGAAGAGGAGGAGGCAGGGAAGGGGAGAGGAGAAGGGGGAGGGGAAGGGGGAGGGGGAGGGCAGGGGGAAGGGCAGGGGGAAGCGGGAGAGGAGGGGAGAGAGGAGGAGGGUCAGGGGGGGCUGCUACUGGAGGCGAACGCGGCGUGCCGGCGGGAGUGGGAGGCGGCGGCCGGCGUGCGGAGGAGCCUCGCCAUGCUGCUGUGCCAGGCGGGGAGAGAUCGCGAGGCGGCGCCGGUCCUGCGGGCAUUGGACUUCACACACCGCCUGGCUCGGCCGGUGCUGCACUACCCGCUGGACCCCCUCCUCUCCACCGCCUCACCCUCCACCUCCGCCGCCACCCCCUCCGCGGCCGCCUCCGGCCCGGGGCCGCACGGCCAUGAGCGGUACUGCGCCGCCGUGGAUUGUGCGCUGCCGCCCGCGCUGCUGGGCGUGCUGCGUGCUGCGCUGGCGCCUGGCAGCCGCUACUGGGCGCAGCACGGCUACGGCCGCGUGGGCUACUUCUCAUACAUGCACGAACUGGGCUCCCCGCACCUGAGUGCGGUGCACGACGCCGCCGUGUUGCUGCACCGGCUGGCAGCGGCGCGCUUCCCAGCCGUGCGGGAGGCCAAGUACGCCGAAUGGUGGGCCCACUGCCGGCGCCACCCCUCGGGCCACCAGCUGCACUUCGACAGCGACGACGAGGGCGCGGGCGGCGUGCGCAACCCCGUCGUGUCGUCCGUCAUCUACCUGACCGGCGAAGUGGGCGGCCCCACGCUCGUGACUCCGCAGACGCUGGGCGGGCCGCUGGCCGACCGCGGCUGGCUGAUCCACCCGCGGCAGAACCGCCUGGCCAUGUUCGAUGGCUCCUUCCUGCACGGCGUCAUCCCCGGCCGUGGCGCCAGCCCGCACCCGGCCCAGCACCGCAUCACCCUCAUGGUGGCCUUCUGGAGGGACAUACAGUGCAGGCCACGGACGGACGGCCUGCCUGGUCCCUCGCAGCCCUUCCCCGGCUCCGCGCCCGCAGCCUGCGACGCAGCCGCAGCCAGCGCAACAGCCACCAGCGCAACAGCGGUCGGCGGCGCAACGGCGGUCGGCGGCGCAACAGCGGUCGGCGGCGCCGACGGCACGGCGGGUCGCUACACCUGGAUGUCGGACCUGCCACCGCACCCCGAGGGGCCGGACGGCUGGGGCAGCACGAACCCGGUGGACGCGUUGCCAACCCCCAUCCCCCGCGUGUGGGAGUGUGUGGAUGGCGGCGAGGCGCAGCCUGGGGCGGUGCAGUAUGACGCCUGCUUUCAGGGCUUUUGAGUUUCGAGCCCGGGUGUUCGUGAGGCAGUGAUGCUGGGUGACUGGGCAACGGAAGCAGGGCGAGGCAGGGGGUGGUCACGGCGGUGUGGUGCCGCAGAACGUGCCCUUUAGAGGGGUUGUAUGGGGAAGGUAAUAUGGAAAUGUGGGAUUCGCCAGGAUGGAGCGGAGGUGUGCUCAGCCACCGCUUAUUUGCGGGGAUGCGGGCUCCAAGCUGCAGUGUUGCGUUGUGUGUGUCUGGUGCUCUGGCCCAUCGCCCUGUUGGGGCAUCCAACGGGCUGCUGGGUACCCGCGCGUUGGGCCACCGGGUGGUUGUUGCUCCAGGAUUCUGCACCUUGACCCCCACACAGUCCUUGCCCCGGCACCGACUCGCCAAGCCUGUACAUGACAAGCGGUCCUGGCCUGGCUUCACGGACAAGGGUCAACUGAGUGAGCAUUGGCAUUGGCACAUUGACACAACUGAACUCGCAGCCGGUGAAUGCCGCGGGGUCACUUGCUAUUUGUAUAUAUAUGUAAAAAUUAGUCCUUAUGUCAUCAGAUGAAGUCAAGUCACCAUGGUGUAGUUGGUUAUCACAUUCGCCUCACAACUGUGUGUACGCGAGAGGUCUCCAGUUCGAUCCUGGAUGGUGACAUUUUUGCCCUUUAUAAAAUUCAUUCAGUCA